AUGACAAGCGUAACUGCGUUGAUCCGUCAUUCUGGUUUUUGGAACGAUCAGAACUGUUUUGUGAAUUACAAAAUUGAUGCUGUUGUAUUCAUUGAUAAUUGCAAUUACGAUGAGUUAGUUUGUACGAUUACAAAUCAAUUAGGCGUGGAUACUGUUAGGAAAACUAUUUCAAUAAAAUAUACUGUUGAAGGCGAUUUUCAACCAAUUGAAAUACACAACGAUAUGGGAGUUCGUGUGUACGUUGAGCUUAAGAGAGAAAACAAAGUUUUGGGGAUGUAUCCAAUGUGCGUUAGUAUUCAUGAUUUGGAUGUUGAGGAUGGUGUAACUGGUAAUCGUAUUAUUGGAGAUGAUGUGCUGCAAAUUGGAUAUAGCGAGAAUCGGGAUGGUAUGAAAGUUUGUGAUUCUACUGUAAACGCUGUUGUUUUGUUUGGGAAUGAUAACAAUUUGGUAAUUUCGAAACCGGAAGCGAAAGGAGUUUUUGUCGAUCAAAUUUACCAGGAUAAGGAAACUUUGAAAAUUGUGAUGACGAAAUACGCAAUUCGUGAAAGAUUCAAUUUCAAAACAGAGAGAUCGAAUGCUAUAAGCUACACUCUGGCAUGUUGGUCUCCGGAAUGUAAAUGGAAAUUCAGAGCGUCGAGAAUUGGGGAUUCUGAAAUGUUCAGGGUUAGAGCUUUCGAUGACGAACAUACAUGUCCGUUGAAGGACAAGGUGUAUUCACAAAGGCAGGCAACAAGUUGGUUUAUUGGAGAAGCGGUUGUGAAGGCGAAAAUAACUAACCAUAAAAGGAAGGUCACACCUGGGGAUAUAAUAGAUGAUGUUAAGAAUGAAUUCGGCGUAGAUGCUUCUUAUAUGAUGGCAUGGAGAGCUAGAGAGAAGGCUAUAAAAGAUUUCAGAGGUAAUAUCCUACCACUAGCGUAUGGUGUGAUAGAUUCUGAGAAUACUAAGUCGUGGACGUGGUUCUUUGAACUGUUCAAGCAAGCUUAUGGUGUUAGGCAAAAUAUGUGUGUCGUGUCCGACAGACAUGAAAGCAUAAUACACGCAGUUUCUAAGGUGUAUCCUACUGUUCCUCAUUUGGCUUGUAUAUGGCAUUUGUGGAAAAAUGUGACAAAGCAAUACACAAUAAACAGUGAGGUGUUGAGUCCUAUAUUUUAUUCACUAGCGAAAGCAUACAGCCAGGAUGAGUUCGAUAAAUUGAUGGAGAAGAUUGGGAAUGUUGAUAUUCGGGUAAAACGAUACCUAGAAGAUGCUGGAAGAGAUAAAUGGUCUAGGCUUUAUUCACCUGUUAAUAGAGGAUGGACAAUGACUUCGAAUAUAGCCGAAUGUAUUAAUGGAAAACUGGUUGCUGCAAGAGAGUUACAUAUUUUUGAUUUCCUUGAAGAAGUGAGGAAGAUGUUUGGUAGAUGGAAUUGGACAAAUAGAAAAAAUGGUACCUACACAUUCACAACACUGAUGAGGCGGUAUCAAGAGAUGUUGUCGAUCAACGAGUACAAAUCAAUACGAAUGAGGGUUGAAGCGUCAACUGAAUAUGUUUACACAGUGAAUGAUGGACCGAGGCGUUUCAUAAUAGAUUUGAAGAAGAAAACUUGCAGCUGCAGGAUGUUCCAACUGGACGAGAUACCGUGUUCUCAUGCAUGGGCAGUAUUGAAGAAUAAAAAUUUGACUGCUGAUGUAUAUUGUUCGGAUUUAUUCAAGCCGGAAACAGUUGUGAACACAUAUGAUGUGCCAGUUGAUCCUCUUCCCGAUGAGACCGAGUGGAAUGUUCCUAAAAGUAUAUUAGAUGAAGUUGUUAUGCCACCGAUCUAUAAGAGACCCCCUGGGAGGCCAAAAAAGAAGAGGGACAAGCCAUUACAGGAGUUGAUGAUUGGUAAACGCAGAAAUUCCUGCGGUAAAUGUGGACGUCUUGGUCAUAAUAGGCGUUCGUGUGAUAAUCUGCCGCUCAAUAAGAAGAAUAAAUAA